GGGGCACGGUGGGGGAGAGUGCCGCGGCUCCCUCUCUCGUGCUCUGGCCCUUCUUUACGUCUUGCGAAGGAAGGUAGAGGGGUGCUCGAUAAUAAUUUUGAAAUUGUCAUACCCAAAGAAAAUGGAUGAAUAGACCGCAUAGAAAACGCGGCGCAGAAUCACGUAUUUAAACCCUGGUGAAUAAUAAGUCGCGUUGAAAUAAGGAGAUAAGAGAAGAUAAGAGAGUGUGUGUGUAGUAUUAAGAAAAGAAAGGAGGAAGAUAAUUGCAUAAACAAAGUGAGAAAUAAGGAAAAUUAAGGUGCUGAUAAAAGUAGGAAAACAAGAGAAGGGAAUAACGUGUUAAAAGGAAAAUAAAGAAAUUUAAUGUAUCUCAAAGAAAAUUUUAUUGGCAUAUAAUAAUUGAAGUACGAACGUAAAAUCAAGCAAGAGAAAAAAAAAUCGCAAGAUGGUGCGUGGAACGGCGAUCAUGAAGCAGGAGAAGAAGAAGGAAGGAGAAGCCGCCCAUCCGCCCACAUCCGCGAGAAAAGGGACUAUGAACGUGGGCGGUUACGAUGGCAAGAUCGCGGGGCUGUACGACUUGGAGGAGACCCUGGGACGAGGCCAUUAUGCCGUCGUCAAGCUGGCCAGACACGUCUUCACGGGAGAGAAGGUGGCCGUCAAGGUGAUAGACAAGGUGCGGCUGGACGAAGUGUCGCGGUCGCACCUUCUGCAGGAGGUCCGAUGCAUGAAGCUGGUGCAGCAUCCGAACGUGGUGCGCCUGUACGAGGUCAUCGACACCCAGACCAAGCUCUAUCUCAUCCUCGAGCUGGCCGAUGGAGGGGACAUGUACGACUACAUCAUGAAGCACGACCGCGGGCUGGAGGAGGAGGCGGCGUGCAAGUACUUCCGGCAGAUCGUGCACGCCAUCAGCUACUGCCACAAGCUGCACGUGGUGCAUCGGGACCUGAAGCCCGAGAACGUGGUGUUCUUCGAGAAGCUCGGGAUGGUCAAGCUCACGGACUUCGGCUUCAGCAACAAGUUCUGCCCCGGACAGAAGCUGGAGACGUCGUGCGGGUCGCUGGCCUACUCGGCGCCGGAGAUCCUCCUCGGGGAUUCCUACGACGCGCCAGCCGUGGACAUCUGGUCGUUGGGUGUCAUCCUGUACAUGCUGGUGUGCGGCCACGCGCCCUUCCAGGAGGCCAACGACAGCGAGACGCUCACCAUGAUCAUGGACUGCAAGUACACCAUCCCCGAAUACGUCUCGGAGCCCUGCAGGAGGUUGAUAGCGCGCAUGCUCAUUCGUGACCCGGCCAAACGCUCUACACUGGAGGACAUAGCACAUGACCCAUGGCUGCAGGAGGGCAGUAACGUUGAUAUGGCAGAGCUGAUGCCCCUUGUCUCCCGGCAACACCUGACAGAAGAGGACCAUGCGCAUAUCAUCCACAAAAUGGUGUCAGGGAACAUUGCGUCCAUGGAGGAAAUACUAGAUGCACUGGAUAAGAAUGAGUACAAUCACAUAACAGCGACUUAUUUUCUGCUAGCGGAACGUAAGUUGCGUGCUCACCGGCAGCAGCAAGCAGAUUUGGCAAAGAAUACAGCUACGAGUCCUGUCAUGACCAUCAGAAAAUCUGGUGGUAGUUUAGAUGAAAGCAGCCUCCCCACAUCCUCAGACUCAGCCAAGUUCACUCAGGAAUUGCAGCUCUCCAAGGAUGACAUGAGCAAUGGCGUACUUCACAAAAAGCUGUCAGAAGAAUUUCCUUCUCCUGGAAUAUAGCAAGCAGAGCGCCACCCUAAGGCUCAGUGUCAAAGGCUCCUCGCCACCACUACGUCACAGCUUCCAGAAAUCGUUACCGUGAAGAUCUUACUGUUGUUGUUCGCAUAAUUUAUUUACAUGAGUUUACUUGCUCUUACUGGCUUUUAUAAGUGCUAUGAUAGUUCGUUUUUGAUUUGCCCUAUGGACGUAGUGAUGUAUCUCACCAUACAUUAACUGCUCAUUACCACUCAUGACCUCGGGUUCGAAGUUAUUUAGAAGUAGCCAACAGCCAUCUGCACUGAAAACACUGCUUCAUGUAUGCUCAUUUUAAAUAGCAUUUUGGUUUGGUUACUUUCUUCAAGAGGAAGCAGACUUAAUUAUAUAAAAAAAAAGAAAAUAAUAAAAUAAAAUAAGGAUUGUCACCACCUGCUAGUGUUGAAAUUGGAAGAACCAGGACACUUAAACACUGUACUGUAUUAUAUCCUUCAAAGAAAAUAUAGUUUGGAUAGAAUGAUGUAAGAUAUUGGAGUAAGGAUACAAUCAGGAUACAAUUUCAGAAUAUACUCCAUCUACAUGAGCUUAUCUCAUAGGAGGAGGAGGAGGUUCAUGAAGGUACUCCAACUUUUGAUAAAUGAGGUCUUAGGAGAUAGACUGCUUGAAGGAGGUUUGCAUAGUGAUAGAUAGAAAUAUUUGUUGUCUGAUAUUCAUUCUGUUAGUUUUUCUCAUAAUCAGAGAAUAUUCAUGACAGUUGUGUCUGUAUGCUAAGGAAGCAUUUUCUGCAGUUUUUAAUCAAGGGAGGAUUGAUAAUAAAAAUCACGUGUUCUCUUUAUUUCGAGGUGAGAUAAUAAAAAAUCUUAAUGAAUACUAAUUUUUCUAAGUGACUUCUAACUUAAAAUUAAAUAUAAGAAGCCAGGUAUCCAAUGACAAAGUGUCGUUAAACUCUCAAGAAGAGAUAGAAGCAAGUAACACAUUAUAGAAACUAAAAAAAGGAAAAAAAAAGAAAGAAAGAAAGAAAAAAGUAAAUCACAUAUUAACUGAUUCUGUUUUUGGCACAAAAUGGCAGAUAGAAUAACAACCCAAAAUUCAACCUCAAGUGGCAUUCCCAGCAGAGACGACUUGCUAGACUGUCUCCGUUGCAGGCACUGAUCACAUUCAAUUUUUCAAAACUGAAGGACAGGAUUCCUUCACUGAUUGGUCCUAAUUUUUAUUCAUCUCUUCUAUUCUUUCCACUGCAGAUAAUCCAUGAUUAUGGUGAUUUGCUUGUUAUCCUCGUGUGGUAUGAUAAUUUUGUCCUGUUGUUAACCAUGACCCUCAAUUACCAGUGUGUUCCUCUUCUUUAGUAUUAAUGGUCAUAAGCUGAUGUACAGUCUUGGUGUGUUUUAUCUGUACUUUUUCAUAUUUUUAUAAUAAAAAGAUGUGUUGUUAUGUCAUUGUUUAACUUUACAUUUAUUAUUGAUAUUCCUAACUUUUGCCUUGUGAAAGGGAAGAUGGACUUAAAUUGAGAAAAAAGUAAAUAAAGAACUAAAUUUGAA